GUAUCUUUCGCUUUGCUCGCCGUGGUCGUGUGCUUCGCCGCCGCCGCCGCCGCCGAAGAUGUCAAAUCGUCGCAGUCGUCCGCUCAAUCCGCCAACGACCGGAGCAAACGCGGUCUGUUAGCCGCCCCGCUGGUGGCCGCCCCGUACGUAGCAGCACCGUACGCCGCAGCCCCGUACGCCGCAGCCCCGUACGUAGCUUCCCCGUACGCCGCCGCCCCGUACGUUGCCUCCCCGUACGCGGCCGCCCCUUACGCACUCGCUUCCCCAUACGCCUCUCCGUACGUCUCGUCGUACACCUCUUACCCGUACGUGGCCAAGACUUUGGCUUCCCCGUACACUUACUACCCGUGA